AUGCCAACAAAACUCACAACAUCAUUCUCCCUCCACAUCCCCGCCACCCCCCUCUCCCCCUCCUCCUUCGCUCCCUUCGGCGACGUAAUCGCCAACCCGCACCCGGACAUCCGCCCCUCCCCCUCCCUCCCCUCCACCCUCUCCCACAACGCCGUCUCCGCGAACCAACACACCGCAAUCAAGUACCAAAACGUCUCCGCCCCAAAGGACCUCUACGCCCAAGCCCCCUCCGCCGCCUCCAAACCCAUCGUGUCCAUCUUCUCCUGCGCCGCCCGCCAGCUCCAGCAACCCCCCUCCCCCUCCGGCAACCCGCCCAUCUCCACCCUGCUGCCCUACACCUACGCCGGGCCCUCCCGCGCCGGCCUCUUCCGCGUCGACAUCCUCGAGCGCCACCCCUUCACCACCCAGACUUUUGUGCCACUGGCGGCGUCCGCGGGCGUCCCGCACGCCGCCUACCUCGUCAUCGUCGCGCCCACACUCCCCGCGGAGGGCGAAGACUCCUCGCUGCCGGCGCCGAAGACGGGCGGCAAGGGCCCCGGACGACCUGACCUCGCGAACCUGAAGGCCUUCGUCGCGACGCCGGGACAGGCGGUGACGUACGGCGCCGGGACGUGGCACGCGCCGAUGGUGGCGUUGGGCCCGCCCGGCACGGCGAUCGAUUUCGUGGUGACGCAGUUCGCGAGCGGCGUGGGCGUGGAGGAUUGUCAGGAGGUGGUGAUCGAGGCGCAGGGCGAGGGGGUUGUGGUGCAGGUGCCGGAGAGGAUGCCUGUUGCUAAGUUGUGA